GACCUCUGCAGACACACCACAACACAGCGCCAAGCACUAUGAGUGCACCAGGGACAACCAACCCCCCUCCCUACCUCAUCCCAGAAACUCAGGGGACUGACGGAGUGAAGGUUUACCACGUGCACACCCCGUUCACGCCUCCCCCCUCACAGCAAGUCGCCACUGCUCAGGAGAAGCCAGUGUUCACCAGUGGAGGGGGAGGUGUAGGCUCGGAACGCCUCCCUGGGGAGUCCAAAAAGAACUAUGUGAGCUACGARGUGGGGCUGGGACGUAACCCUGGCAUGACCACCUGCAGCAGCUGCAACCAGCAGGUCAUGACUAAUGUCACCUAUAAGGCAGGGACGUACGCCUGGCUCAUGUGCUUACUCUUCAUCUGCUGCGGGUUAUUCUUGUGCUGCUGCCUGAUUCCAUUCUUCCUCGACAGCUUCAAAGAUGCGUACCACACGUGUCCACGCUGCAAUAAAGUCCUGCACGUCGAGAAGAAGCAGUGCUGCAAAUAACGAACAGGAGGAACUAAAAUGGACCCAUAAAAAUAAUAUUUUAAGAAAAACACACAACAUCCUGUCAGCUUUCUCAGCCGUUGGGUGACUUGAUGAAGAACGGGCUGCCGUGCCAGAUUCUGAUGCUGCUGAUGCUUAUUUUUAUGGACCGACCAUUGUUUUAAUCAGACACUGAACGACUUCCUCGCUGCGUCUGCUUCUUUUAGCCACCGUGCUGGGGGGGUGAUUGUGUUGUCAGAGGUUUUAAAAAAAAAAAAACCUUGUGCUGAAAAAUGUCUCAACCUCUGGUUCACACACACUCCAUGCACCUUUUUUUUWAAUCUGUUACAACAUUCAUAAUUUUUUUCGAACAUUAAAAUGAAGGCUUGUACAUAGAUUUUAUCUAGUAGUUUAUGUUUAAAAGGGUUUUAAAAUCUAAACGGAUCCACUUGCUUUUUGAAAGGACUGUCCAUCUUUUAAAUGCAUGUCUUUUAUGAUACAAACCAGCUAAAUAUCUAUAUUUUAUAAAAGUAUUUACUUUGCUGUGAUGUGUAUAUACAAAUAUACACGUUGCACAGUACAAAAUACAUGAAAAUAAAGCUUUAGAGUUAGAAACAAAUGUUUUUAAAUAAGGCCAUUUGGAUAAUCAACCUUUUCAUUUUGAUGUAGGGUGGAUAAACAACAUUACUUCUACAUAUAUAGCACAAGAGUUGUCGCAUAUGAAUGUAAAUAAGAAUUUCAUUUAUGUUCUUUUCAUCUUUACAUCCAAACAGGAGUGUCUGAAAUAUUAUAUUCAUUUAAAACAGUAUAAGGGACAGUGCAAAAAUAAAGACACAUUGAAAUAAA